UGAAUAUGCAAAACUGUGAUGAUGACCCGAGCAACACAACCUCGUCAUCACCCCACUACCACUACCACUACCACUACCACCCUCAAGAACACAAGGGCAAGUACCAGACUAUCGAGCUUCAAAACAGGUCUUCAACGAGGAGUCUGCGAUUCCCUGCCCAAAAAUACGACGCACGCACAUCAUGAACUUUCUCCUUAGCUGCAAAAACUUGGCCGCCUUGACGGUCUUGAUCGGUUCAGUCUCAAGUUUAUUGACACCAGAGAAGCUUGAAAUUAGUGCUGCUUUCCCUACAAACAAUCAAUUCGGAAUUGUCUUUAAUGGGCAACCCAACAAAAUUCUUCUGAAGGUCCUUAACUUAGGUAAAGAUCCAGUCGAAGAUGUGAUGAGAAUUCAUCAAGUAUGGAACGAGUUUCGAGAAAUCGGUGGCAAGGAGCGAUUACUGAGAAAAGGAGCUCCAGUACCUUCGAAGAGAACGCUACCUCCAAAGAUUGAGCCGUAUAUCAUACCUUACAUGUUCAGUGCCGAGGAAAGAGAAGGCAACAUCGGUCUAAGGAUUUGGGUUGAGUGGAGUGGCCCUAAAGGGAAAAAGCACCAAUCGAUAGCCUACGAUUCAACCGUCACAAUUCAGGAGCCUCCUACGCGGUGGUUUGAUCCGCAGCUAAUUCUACUUUACAUCAUUUUGGCAUCCACAUUCGGUGGGAUCGGAUAUAUGGUUUACAGCUCUUACGUCGUCCCCGUCAAACCAGCUCGCUCGUUGAAGUCCAAGCGCUCUGCAGAAGGUUCUCUCCAAUCCAGCUCAAAAGUCUCUACUCCGACCGGCGGUGCGUACGAGGAAGAAUGGAUUCCUGCGGGCCAUUCUGUUCGAUCUUCUAAAAAAACAGGGACUGAGACCGGCGGUGAGGAGAGUAGUGGUGCCGAAGGAAAAGCUCGCAGGCGGAAACGUUAAUCGUUCUAACGCUGGAAAAACAAUCAAUCUCACCAACUAUACUAAAGCUCAAAACAUUUUAAAUAGAUAGAAAUUGGAAUCAUUUGAGAUAUGUUCAUACUUUUUUUUUGAGAGAAAGAUAUAUAAAGAAAAAAAAAAACAUAAAUACCUACAAAAUACAUCUGGUGUGAGCUCCUAUAAAAU